UGACCUAACAGCACCCAUUCACAAGUUGCCUCAGCGUGGAAGCAUCAUGAAGACUCUGGUUUCAACUUUGUGUGUGCUGUCCCUCCUCGUUGCCGUGAUGGCGGGCGGUUACGGUGGUUAUGGCGGAGAUCAUGGAUACGGAGGCCACGGUGGUGGGCACAGCAUCAUACUACACAAAGGUGGCCACGGUGGAGGCCAUGGUCAUCACCAGGCACACUCAAUAAAGGGUCCCACAUACCUGGUGAAGACAGUGCACCACAUCAAGAAAAUCCACGGUGGUGGAGGGUACCUCGGUCACCACGGUGGCGGACAUGGACAUGGCGGAGGCCACGGCAAGGUUAUCGUGCUUAAGGGUCACGGUGGCGGUCACGGUGGCGGCCACGGAUACGGUGGAUACUGAUGAGCGAAUAUUACUUGUUGAUUCAUUCCUGUGGCUUCGCCGACAGGAGCUGUUGAGGCGGCUGCAUAAUCCAAGAGGCAGAUUCAAAAUGAGAAAUGCAUUAAACCGUUCCUAUUUGCUUUACUUGAAUGCAAGUACACACAUCGACAGC